ACGUAGUAGAGAAAAACUUGGAAAACAAGCGAUACUCUUCUCGAAACUUUUGACCUCUUUGCUUCAAAAAGCUCUUCAUCUCUGCCUCUGCUGAGAGACGCUCUUUAAUUUUGUCUUCAAAAAAACUCGCAGUCAUGGAGAUUGAAUUCAAGGAGUACCAACUUCGCUGCCAAUUGCGAGGUCACGAAGACGAUGUUCGUGGGAUAUGCGUGUGUGGCGGUGAGAGUAUAGCCACUUCAUCGAGGGAUAGAACGGUGAGGUUCUGGACUCUGGACCCAUCUGACAAGCGAAAAUUCCUUUCUUCCAAAAUUUUGUUGGGGCAUUCCAGUUUUGUGGGUCCACUGGCUUGGAUUUCCCCCAAUGAGGAAUUCCCGGAGGGUGGGAUUGUGUCUGGUGGAAUGGACACCAUGGUUUUGGUUUGGGACUUGAGGACUGGGGAGAAGGUGCAGACACUGAAGGGCCAUCAAAUUCAAGUCACUGGUCUUUUACUUGAUAAUAAGGAUAUUGUCUCAUCUUCUGUUGAUUGUACUUUAAGGCGAUGGAGGAAUGGCCAAACUGUUGAGUCUUGGGAGGCACACAAGGCUGCAAUCCAAGCAGUUGUAAAGCUUCCUUCAGGAGAGCUUGUCUCAGGUUCAAGUGACACAACUUUAAAACUUUGGAAAGGAAGUACAUGUAUACACACUUUUGUUGGGCAUACAGAUACUGUUCGGGGCUUGGCAGUAAUGCCUGAGUUGGGAAUUCUUUCAGCAUCACAUGAUGGUUCUAUUAGACUAUGGGCAAUCAGUGGCGAAUUGUUGAUGGAGAUGGUUGGUCAUACUUCUAUUGUCUACUCAGUUGAUUCUCAUGUUUCUGGACUAGUUGUCAGUGGUAGUGAAGAUCGUUUCGCAAAGAUAUGGAAAGAUGGAGUCUGUGUCCAGAGCAUAGAGCAUCCUGGUUGCAUUUGGGAUAUUAAAUUUUUGGAAAAUGGUGAUAUUGUGACAGCUUGUUCGGAUGGAGUUGUACGUAUUUGGACAACAAACCUGACUAGCAUUGCAGAUCCAGUGGAGCUUGAGGCCUAUGGCUCAGUGCUUUCACAAUACAAGUUGAGCAGGAAGAGGGUUGGAGGACUCAAACUGGAAGAGUUACCAGGGCUUGAAGCUUUACGGAUUCCAGUUUUUGAUGUUGAUAUUGGAGAUGGGGAACCCAUUCGUAAGUUGCCCUAUAAUCGAUCAGAUAAUCCAUAUGAUGCUGCUGACAAGUGGCUUCUGAGGGAAAAUCUUCCUCUUGCUUACCGUCAGCAAAUUGUUGAGUUUAUUCUCCAAAAUACUGGACAAAAGGAUUUUUCUCUUGAUCCAUCAUUUCGUGAUCCCUACACUGGCUCAAGUGCUUAUACACCGGGGGAGCCCUCUUAUAAUUCUGCUAAUUCAGCUAAGCCUUUGUUCAAGCAUAUCCCUAAGAAAGGAAUGCUUAUUUUUGAUGCAGCUCAGUUUGAUAAAAUGCUCAAAAAAAUUAUAGAGUUGAACAGUGCUCUACUAUCCGACCCAGACAAAAAGAAUUUGUCUCUGACAGAGCUUGAGAUAUCCAGACUAGGUGUCAUAAUUAAAAUUCUGAAUGACACUUCACAUUACCACUCUAGCAGUUUUGCUGAUGUUGACAUUGCAUUGUUGCUUAAAUUGCUGAAAUCAUGGCCACUUGCAAUGAUAUUUCCAGUUAUUGAUAUUCUGAGGAUGAUCAUCUUGCAUCCUGAUGGGGCAAGUAAACUUCUCAAGCAUGUUGAGAAUGAGAAUGAUGUACUAGUGGAAAUGGUUAAGAGAGUCACUACAGAUCCUGCACUUCCUCCAAAUCUUCUGACUAGCAUUCGUGCCAUCACAAAUCUAUUUAAGAAUUCUCCCUACCAGAACUGGCUGCAAAAGCAUCGUAGUGACAUUAUUGAUGCAUUUUCAAAUUGUGUUUCAUCUCCAAACAAGAAUCUACAGUUGUCCUAUUCGACCUUGUUAUUGAAUUACGCAGUGCUCUUGAUUGAAAAAAAGGAUGAAGAAGGUCAAUCUCAUGUUCUUUCAGCAGCUCUUCAGUUUGCUGAAGAGGAAAAUGCAGAAGUUGAUUCAAAAUACCGAGCUCUAGUUGCUAUUGGAUCACUGAUGCUUGAGGGUCUUGUGAAGCAAUUGGCAUUGGACUUUGAAGUUGACAGCAUUGCCAAAGCAGCCAAGGUUUCUAAAGAAGCUAAGAUCGCAGAAGUUGGAGCUGACAUUCAACUAUUAACAAAGCAGAGUUGAAGCUCGCUAGUUCCAUCCUGAACUAGCAAAUGCUCAGCAUCUCGAAGGGGGAUGGAUGUUCUAAGGGGGAGUCAAAUAUCCGUGAUAUGCCAUUCUUUACACAAAGUACAGAGGAAGGAAAGUGCAAUCAUACAUGGUUACUGCAUUCAGGGGGAACAUGGAAUUGGAAAGAUCCAUUUACAAAAGAACUAAUUGAUAGAAACAAAACCAUGAGAGGGAAUUCUGGGUUUUCAUCUAGCCCAUCCCCUUCCUAAUGUCUUAGUUUUCUUUCCUUGUUUAAUUCCAUUAUCAGAAUUGCAUGCUGUUGGAUUUUAUCCCCCUCCAAAAGUUGUUCUGAAUAUCCUGACACUGUCUGUAGAGCAAAUAGGUAAAUGGUUGUAGUGGAUAAUCAGACUAGCUCGAACAAGUGAUGAUGAAGCAGCCAUUGUUGUUUCUGUCCUGAGUUUUCCACACUCUGAAUUUAGUCGAAGCACAAGAAAAGAUAAAACUGGAAUUAUCAAAUAUCGAAUCAUGAAUGAAUGACUUCUACUUCAGCUUUCUACAAGAGAUCACUUGUUCUUUUCUUGUCCAUAUUCAAGCUUCAUUUGGGAGAAAGUUUCAACCAUGGCUGGCAUUCCUAUUAUUAGAUGAUGGCAGACUCUCCUCUCUUGGCUUUGUAAAAGGCUAAAGCGAAAAGCUUUACUAAAUACCAUCAUCAAGUCGGCAUGGUGUGCCACUAUUUACCAUAUCUGGAAGGAAAGAAACAGCAGGUUCCAUA